AUGCAACGCAACUACCAGCGAAUGCGAGAGACCCUUUUCGAUCUUUACACGGAACGUGAUGCACUGCCAUGGUACUUUCGAACCAUUGCCAUCGCUGCCUCAUGGCUCGCUCUAGGCGGAUACAUUGUAUUCUCACUCGUCUUCACGUCUGCCGAAGAUAAUAUUAAAGUGUCACGCGCCUUUCUGACAGCUCUCGCCUCAGUGCUCCUCCUACUCGGCUAUAGUGCCAUCACGGCCGUCGCAUAUUUCAGUCGCAGCCUACUCUUUCUUUUCGACGCCGUUUUACUCCCGAUAUUGACCUCUUCUUUUAUGGGUGUCUUUGUCACGGUCAUGAACCAUGCUCUUCACAAGCAUUUCCCUAUUCCGACCCAGGUGUACAUCUACGUGCCGCUGAUCAUUGCGUGUGCUACAACGAUUGGGUCUGGAAUCCUCAGUUAUAUUACAUACAGAAGGAUAAGCAAAAUUAAGGAGUUGGACAAGCAGAGGAGGCAACAUGUUCCAAGAUGGGAUAGAAGUUCCUACGUCAGCUACGGUGACGCUGCCUCCACGGCAGAAUUAAUACCUAUGACACACUGGACCGCGAAUAACAUACCUGAAGAUGAGGCACAGCGUCGACAGCUCCUACGACUGUUACUCACUCGAGAUCCGGCAGAGUCACCCAACCCCCGACACUCUCAGAGCACUUACCACAUCACCUUGCCCGGCGAAGAUGCGGCCGCUGAUGGAUUGGAAGUGGUCCAGCCUGGCACUCGACCCCGUAGCGGCAGUCUCCCCACCAGCAGCAGCAAAUGGCAGGUAUUGAACAAGCUGUCUAGGGAGCGAAGCCCUACCGCUGAGAGCAGCACCUCGAGGGAUGUCCGAGAGCGGCGACGAGAAGAGAUUGAGAGAUCUUCAAUCCUGCUGACACCGGGAACCGAUCUGGGGACGUGGCCCCACACUCCAGGGUCCUCGCAGUCUCAAACAUUUUCUUAUUCUCCGAAUCCGGUCUGGAAUGGUUCGACGAGGUAUGCAUAG